GCUGAGUACCAGUCUAGCAAAGAAGAAGUCAAGGAGGUCCUGCAAGCCUUGGAAGAAUUGGCUAUGAAUUAUGACCAAAAAGCCCAGGAGAUUUUACUCAAAACAAAGGAGUUGGAGGAAACUCAAGAGGAACUCAGCAAACAAUCCCGCGUAAUGCAUACAAAAGAUGGCGAACUCAGUCAACUCAAGGACACAUAUAGUAAUCAGAAAAAGAAGUACACAGAAAUGAUGAGCAGUUUGCUCAAAGACUUGAUUGAUGUUGGCGAAUGCAUGAGCGACCAACUGACAAAACCAUCGUUUGGCGGGGCUGAACGUCUCGAUGAAGAGUUUACCGUUAUGCGAUUGUACAUUAGCAAAAUGAAAACUGAAGCCAAGUCCCUGCAGUCUCGUGUCCGUCAGUUGGAAGAGGAGCGUGUGCAGCAUGUCCAGUUGUUGCGCAAGAGCGAAGACGAGUCCAAAGAACUACAUACUCGACUUCACGGGCUGGAAGUCAAGCUGAGCACCCUUACGGACAAAGUGGAUGAAUCAGAGGCUCGCAAGCGUCAGUUGCAAGAAACUGUAGAUACUUUGAAUGCUGAAGUUGCUAAACUGCGAGCAAACGAACAGCUCAUGACUGGUACGGAUGCUCAGAGCCAACAAAUAUUAGCUGGACAGUCUUCGAUUCGAGCAAAACUAGACGAGGAGUUCAAACGACAGUCAGAACUCUAUGCAGCUCAGGUGAAAGAAUUGCGAGAUGAAGUCGACAAGAAACAGCGUAAAUUGGAGGAACUCAACGACCAAGUUCACAAUCUCAAAUUCCAAGGCGAUAAAUCAGACGAAGAGUUGGUCCGGUUGCGCAAGGAAUGCGAAGAGAAGAGUUCGAAGUUGGAACAACUGGAAAAAGCAGCCGAAAAACGCGAACAGGCUCGCCAGGAUCUGCGCGGAUUGGAAGAGACAGUCAUCAAAGAGCUCCAAACAUUGCACAAUCUUCGCCGGCUCUUCGUUCAGGAUCUCAACAGCCGAAUCAAGCGGUCGGACAAUCGUCUGAAAGCGUCACGAAACAGCUCCAGCACAAAUCAAUUAAACCAGAUCAAUUCCAAUUCCCCGGGUCAGCAACCCGGAGCGCAACCCAAUACCGAACAAUUGGUUGUAGACUUCGAUGACGAGGAUGAUUCUAACCAAGGUGGCUCGCUUGCCCAACGUGAAAAGAUAAUGUUCCUCGAGAACAACUUGGACCGGCUAACCAAAGUUCACAAACAGUUAGUGCACGACAAUGCCGAACUACGAUGUGAACUCCCCAAACUGGAAAAGCGUCUUAAAGCUACAGUCGAGCGUGUUCGCAGUUUGGAAUCUUCCCUUCGCGAAGCCAAAGAAGGCGCAAUGCGUGAUCGCAAACGCUACCAAUUGGAAGUGGAGCGUAUCAAGGAAGUGGUUCGUCAGCGCAAUAUUGCCGCCCGACGGGGUCAGUCCCAGAUUGCCAAACCAAUCCGCGCUGGUCAUGCUCCCACAGCUCCGUCUGCUGGUUUGGGGUCCAAUCCAUACGCUGUACGGCCUGGUGCAAUGGGUGCUCCGUGA